AUGGCAUUCAAAAUUGCUGCUUUGCUUUUACUUCUGGUCGCUCUCGGUAACGGUCUGCCGUACGGAGGCGGUUACGGAGGUUACGGAGGAGGACGGGGAGGUCUGGGUGGCUUUGGUUACGGAGGUAGAAAAGGCGGAUAUGGAGGCUACGGUGGUCACAACGAUGUUGGAUCUGGUGACGGUCAUGGAGGUCAGCGCAGUUACGGCGGACACCGUGGCGGGUACCAAGAGUACGGAUAUUAG